UCUUCUUUGAGCCCUUCUAUAUAGAUUCCAAGCUUUCUCUACCAAACCAUUCCAUUCCUUUCCUUUCCCACUGCCCUUUGGUCAGAAUGCAUUAUCCUAUUUUCAUGGCGGUGUUGGGGACUCUCUCCUUCUUAUAUUGCCUCUAAAGGUCUCACCUUUAUCUCUAUCCUCCCUCUCUUUCUCUCUAUAGGCCUCAGAGGAGACUCCGGGAGAUGGGUGGAGUUCUUCUCCAGCUCCUGCGCUUCUGCUUCUGGGCACUUCUAUGGCUUACCAGUUCUGUGGCGGUGUAUCCCACGGGAGCUCCUCCUCCUCCUCCUGUUGGGACCAGCGAGGGGGCCGCCGUCAUCGAUGGGACGACGCCCAUUGCGGUCACCGACGAUGAUUUCAUUUGCGCUACGCUGGAUUGGUGGCCUCCAGAGAAGUGUGACUACGGGACUUGUAGCUGGGGCCUGGCAUCCAUGCUCAAUCUGAAUCUUUCCAACAAGAUUUUACUAAAUGCUGUCAAAGAAUUUUCUCCAUUGAAACUCCGUCUUGGGGGUUCCUUACAAGAUAUGGUCAUUUACGGCAUGGAUCCUCAUCAGCCAUGCACUCCCUUUGUUAAGAAUACUUCAGAGAUGUUUGGUUUUACGCAAGGCUGCCUACCUAUGCAUAGAUGGGAUGAGCUCAACAAUUUCUUCAAAAAAUCCAGGGCUGUAAUCAUUUUUGGGCUGAAUGCCCUUAAUGGAAGGGUCCCUCUGCCAGAUGGAUCUCUAGGAGGACCUUGGAACUCCACCAAUGCUGCAUCUUUUAUUCACCAUACUGUCAAUAAGGGUUAUGCUAUCCAUGGCUGGGAGCUUGGAAAUGAAUUAAGUGGAAGCGGAAUUGGAGCUAAAAUUGGAGCAGAUCAAUAUGCUGCAGAUGUGAUCUCCCUCAAGAAAAUUAUUGACAACAUCUACCACGGUUUCCCUGAUAAGCCGCUGGUACUCGCACCAGGGGGUUUCUUUGAUGCUGGCUGGUUUGGUGAGCUCAUCAACAAAACAAAGCCCCACUCAUUGGAUGUGAUCACCCACCACAUAUAUAAUCUUGGUCCAGGGGUUGAUGAACACUUGAUUGAUAAAAUUCUCGAUCCCUCAUAUCUCGAUGGUGAAGCGAGCACAUUCAGCAGUCUCCAAGGAAUUCUCCGAAGUGCGGGAACUUCAACCACCGCAUGGGUCGGGGAAGCUGGAGGAGCUUACAAUAGUGGCCACCAUCUUGUCACAGAUUCAUUUGUGUUCAGCUUCUGGUAUUUGGAUCAGCUUGGCAUGUCAUCAACAUAUGACACCAAGAGUUAUUGCAGACAAAGUUUGGUUGGUGGAAAUUAUGGCCUACUCAACACAACGACAUUCCAUCCGAAUCCUGAUUACUACAGUGCUCUCUUGUGGCAUCGACUCAUGGGAAGCAAAGUCCUGUCAACAAACUUCACAGGGACGAAAAAUAUACGGGCAUAUGCGCAUUGUGCAAGAGAAUCUCAAGGGAUCACACUUCUAUUAAUCAAUCUCAGCGGCAACACUACUACUGAAGUUUUCGUUACCACUGCAUCUGCCUUUGCUAUAGCUUCAAAGCAUUACAUUCCUAGGACAAGGUUCAACCAUGUACCUGGAUUUCAAAGAACCCUUGCUUUUAUGAGGGAAGAAUACCACUUAACAGCUGGUGAUGGGAAUUUACACAGCCAAACCAUGCUGCUGAAUGGCAACAUUCUGCAUGUAGAUUCAGAAGGGAAAAUUCCUACACUCAAACCAAUUGAAGUUGAUGCAUCACUACCAAUAACAGUUACCCCAUUUUCUAUUGUUUUUGCCCACAUUCCCUACUUUUAUGCUCCUGCUUGUAGGUAGCUUAUUGUUACAUUAUAUACUGAGAGGAUGGACUACUAAGUGGUCCAUCCAUUCUUAACAUAGCUAUAAGGCUAUGAGGUUUGUAAUUCAGUUUUGAAUACCUUCAAUCGAAUAAUAAAUGAAAGGAGAAAAAAAAGAAGAAGAGGAAAUGAUUUACAUAA